UUAAUAUUUAAAUUUUAAAGUGUGAUAAAGCUUAAGUAAAGAUGAAGGUUAAAUAAUACGCGAUCAAGAAUGAUUUCUUCUUCAUCCAAAAAUUUUCAAUAUUGCCUUUACACAUAUAUGCAGAGCGCUAUGACAGUUACAAUAAAUACCAUAAUUCUGAGAAAAAUUAUGUAGUAAUUAUAACAUAUAUGAAAAGAUUCAAAUUGAUAUAUGAAAAUGUUUAAUGUAGGAACACUUUUAAUGUACUGUACAUAAAGCGCCCGCAAAAAAUAGGAUAAAUAAUAUCGAAACAUAUUUUGAAACAAAUAUUUUCUUUUGUAAAAGUGUUUUUCUUUUAUGCAGUCACACAUUAGAUCACUACAAAGAGCAUAAUAAAUAUUUUGGCAUUUUACUAAACAAAUUUUCCUUUAAAGUAUAAUAUUGUAUAUGCACGAAAACACUUUUUGGCACAUCAUAUUGUAUACGGAACCACAAAUAGAACAAGCACUGUUAAAAUAUCAGCUAAAAUAAAUGCAUUUUGUAAAAAUGAUUACUUAUAUCCAGAGUCUAUAAGCAAUACAUGUGCGGCGUCCAAAAUCGAUCAGUCCUUAUAUCUGGGAAUUAACACGUGUAUGUACACGCGUGGUAUUUCACUUACGUGAUCGUUCGGUUGUUAGCACGCAGUUCUUUUAUGACCAUUUCAAGCAACUGAGUGAAAAAAGUUACUGAAAUAUUUAAUACACUUUGAUGAUACGUUUGCCCUUAAGUUUUGAGAAACUUUAUUCCGCCGACAUUCUAUACAUGGUAGAUUUUUUUUCUUUAACUGCUAGAAAAUUGGCACGAACAAAAAGAAUGGACAAUAGUCGUUAGAUAAUACUCGACAUGGACAGUUCGACAAACGGGUACAGAGAUCUCGAAUGGGCAAUAAAACUAAAUCGUAUCAGUUUGGAGGUGCUUGGAUUAUGGCCGAAAGUUGAGGAAGUCCCUCGGGAAAAAUUAAAGCACAAUUUGCAUGUUCUCUCCAUUUUGCUGAUAUUUGUGCUCAGUAUUCUGUUUCCUUGUAUUCAUUCGCUAGUAAAGACUCACGAAGACAUCAUGAUAAUAAUAGAACAUCUACAAUGUAUUUUACCGAUGAUUACCUGCAUUGUAAGAAUAAUUGUUUUUUGGUGGAAGAAAGAAGACAUCAUACCAAUAAUAAGCAUGAUCACCGAAGAUUGGUUAAAAUCGAGGAAUGUACAAGAGAGAAAUAUGAUGAUUACAUGGGCACAGAGAUCACGCAUAAUUGUUAUAUCCUCGUACAUUGUAAUGGGAAUAUCUUGUUUUUGCGGCGUUCUUUUACCUAUUUUCGGACUAUCGUUAACAGAUGGAGUGAAUAUUAAUGAUACAGAAAAGAUAUUCCCCCUCAGAGUGUAUUACUUUUACGAUGUAACGAAAAGCCCACAAUAUGAACUUACAUAUAUUAUUCUUACUAUCGGUAUUUUUUUCACUGCCACUACAUACACGGGUAUCGAUAAUUUCCUCGGACUAUUAAUAUUUCAUAUUUGUGGCCAAUUAGACAUUCUGAGCACUCGUUUAAUGUAUUUGAAUACAUUCAUGAAGUUUCAUAAUGACUUGAAAAAUUGCGUAAUGAAUCACACACGACUGCUGAGAGCCAUUGCCAUUAUAGAAGAUACAUAUAAUAAGAUGUUACUAGCAUUAUUUUUAUAUUUCGGCAUUCUCUUUGCUUUCUAUGGAUUCUUAAUAAUUAAUUUAGUCCAGGAAAGGAAUUAUCUAUCAAUUACUCGCAUAAUAUCUCUUAUGUGUGUUGUUAUUACUAUACUUGUUCAUAUGGGACUUUAUUGCGCUGUUGGUGAAGUUUUAAUCAUCCAAGUAAGUUAAAUUUUAUCAAGUUAACCAUAUCUCAUUUUUACUCUCUAUGCACUUUAUUAAAUAGGCAUACCGAAUUAUAAAAAAUAUUGUUUUUACAAAAACAAUAUUUUGUUAAAUUUACUUUUUAUAUUAAAUUUACUAAAAUCAAGUAAGAAAUACUAUAGAAAUAUGUUUCUUCUGAUAUAUAAUCUUUACUCUUAAUUAAACUGUAAUUUAGCAGUUUAUAUGUAUAUUUUAAAUG